UCCACUACUACACGACAACACAAUACAGCAGCACAACACUAGCCUCUACCGAGCGAAACAGUCCGUCAUGCACAGGCUGCAUAUCUGUUUCAGUAAUAUAUUUUUUACUCUAACGAUGUAGUAUGACAGAAGAAUUCGUUAAGACUAUAUUAUUAUCGUUAGCUUAGCUUUCUAACAUCAUCAUCAGCAAAGAGACAUUCGUAACGUUAGUGGCUAACGGCUAUCAGCUCCAACAACAGAGGUUAACCAAAGAUGAGCAAAUAAAAGUGAUGCUCCUCCACCGCGUAUGACCAAAGGUCCUAUCGAGCGCAACAGGACUGGUAGCAAUCGACGUCAAGAUGAUGAAGAAAAAGAAGUUUAAGUUCAGAGUGGAUUUUGAGCUUGACGAGCUGUCUUCGGUUCCGUUCGUGAACGGAGUUCUGUUCUGUAAAGUCCGCCUGCUCGACGGCGGUUUCUCGGAGGAGUCAUCGCGGGAGACUGUCCAGGCAAACUGUGUACGCUGGAGAAAAAGAUUCUCCUUUCCCUGUAAAAUGAGUGCAAAUGCUGGAACCGGAGUCCUUGACCCCUGUGUGUGUAGAGUUUCAGUCAGAAAGGAACUAAAAGGUGGAAAGACUUAUGCAAAGCUGGGUUUUGCUGAUCUCAACCUGGCGGAGUUUGCGGGAUCGGGUAGCACCACACGCAGGUGUCUGCUGGAGGGUUAUGACACCAAAAACACUAGACAAGACAACUCCAUUCUUAAGGUGAUUAUUAGCACACAGCUGAUGUCUGGGGACCCCUGCUUCAAAACGCCUCCGUCCACCGCCAUGGUGAUAGGCAUUCAAGGUGAUGCCGAGAGCCUGCUGGAAGACAGGAAAGGAGGAGACACACAGAAACCUUUUCUGAGCCUCUCAGAGACAUCAGGGAAGUGUGGCUCUCUGCCUGAAGAACUGGGGCUGUGCGGACACUCUCGAACGUCCAGUUAUGCUAGUCAGCAGUCCAAAGUAUCAGGCUAUAGUACAAGUCACUCGCGUUCCUCCAGUCUCUCGGAGUUCUCCCACAGGAGAAACACUUCGAUCGGCAGUGCUUCCACUGGCAUUGCCAGCAUCCCUGAGCCCAGUGAGGAGAAUGACCAAACUACAGCGCCACCUACAGUCUGUGCUGCUGUGCCUGAACACCCAUCAACGCCUGACAGGGCUGCCAGCAGGUACCCAGUGAAACAGGACUCCAUGGAGUCUCAGCUGAAAAGGGUGGAUGCCACACGGGUGGAUGCUGAUGAUGUAGUAGAGAAGAUCCUGCAAAGCCAGGAUUUCACCCACAGUAUGCUAGACUCCAGCGCUGAAGAGGAAGGUCUGCGCUUGUUUGUGGGUCCUGGUGGGAGCACAGCACUUGGUAGCCACCACCUUCCUGCCAGGGUUGGAGCCGGUGCUUACGAACAGGUGGUGAUUAAACGCUAGAGUUGGGAGAUGCUAGAAGGAGAAGUGUCAAAAACCAAAGUCUGUUUCGUGGGAGGAGAAAGGGACGAAGAGAUUCAGACAUGUUUGUCGUCUCUCACAUUAGCAGUGUUGAAACUUGUUUCAGUCUUUCGAUGAAACAGUGUCCUCUGCUGGCUACAUAAUGAACUGACAGCUCCUAGGUAUGAGGCUGCCAUUUGGUGUCUUGUGUUUCACUGUGAGGUAAAUUUUGUCUUAUAAUAUGUCUGCAUUUGCCCUAUAUUUUCCUCGCUGAUUUAAAAAAACACGUAUAUUUCAUAUUGUUAUUUUAGUGAGAUACGUUUAUUUUUACCAUGUUUACAUGUUUGAACUAUUUUAAGGGGUCUGUCAGAAACAUUUGGUGGAUUAUAUACAUCAUUACAUAUACAUCUAUAUGUCUGAAGAUGAAGGUGACCUCUUCACUCAUUUUUUUGUUGUCAUUUCAUUACUGUACGAAUGGAAAUCAAACCGUCCUCACCCACCCGCGUCUCACUUUUUGCGUGUGAGAAGUCGUGAUGCGUUGAACAGAUGGAGCCGUUUUCAGACUUGAAAAAAAUUUGCAAUUCAGUAGCACUUUAAAUUAAAGGACUUUACAUGAACUUACAUGUAUCGCCAACAUUGUAGGGAGUUUUGAGGCUGAGCUUUUGAGCAAUUUAACUUAUACACAUUAAAUGUGUUAUUCUUUAUUUGUAGCUGAAAAUGACUUUUCAUGUAGAUUCAACUUCUACUGCAUACUUUAAAUUGGACUAAGUCAUUUCACAGUUCAGUUUAUAGACACAUUAGCUACUUCAAAUCUGGGCAGGUGAAUAUCUGAAAAGUACUUCUCUGGCAGCAGUCUAUGACAGUUAAUGACAUCACCUAACUAUAUCACGCUUUCACACAAGGACAAAAUGAGCCAAGCUGUUCUCAAGCUACACUUAGUAACAUAGCAGCACAGAAUGAAGCAUUUAACCAUGUCAGCAAUGCUUGAAAUGUUUAGCACAGGGCUCUCAAGCGGCGUGUAGCUCUUCUAAUCCUAUCUAGAACACUACAAAAACACCUUUUUAUCCAUGUUUUUGUAGUUAUAUUUGAUGUAUCAUUAAAAUGAAGGUAUUUUAAUGACUACUUUUCAUUGUAUCUCUGUCUGUACGAUCAGCUAUAUGGCAUAUCAGAAGCAUAAGUUAGUGCUUCUCGUUUAAUGUGACCGUAUUCCCAUAUCUUCUCAAAAGCCAUUUACCGUUUUAUAAAUGUAAACUUACUUGCCUCUGAAAUUUAAGUGUGUGUGGGGAUUAUCAGCUGAGUGUGUACAAUCUAUUUGUAGCACUUGAUUAUGAUUAUAUCAUAUUGUCUAGAGUUAUAUUGUAGAAAUGCAUGGGUGUCACACCAACUCAACGUGUCCGAAGCAUUUUUUUUUUUGUAGUCUUUGCUAGGCCCGCUGAGAUCCGAACACUAAAAAUAUACUGACAGGAAGCUUGGAUUCAACUCGGCCACACAUCUCAGGUUUAUUAUUUCCUUUUACUAUUACUGCACAAAUAUCAAAGCACCACACUGCAAAUGUACGGAGCCCCUGAAGAGAGACUGUGAUGGAGAGAAUAUUCUAUUUCAGUGCUUUUGUGUUCUUUCGCUAAAAGAAAUUUUGCGGUCACUUGCAAAAAACUCAAAAGUUUUACGAGCGAAAGCAAAGUUUCUUCUGCAUCUCGUACUUUUUCCAUCAAGGUGUCCCUUUAAGGGCUCUAUGACGAAUGUUUGCGAAUAUCCAUUUAGAGGUUAUUAUUCUGCGAUACGUUGGCCUUUUACUUUUCAGCAGACGCUCAGUAAUAUGAGUUACUUGGAACUUUAUUUUUUAAUUGAUCUACUGCCAAAAUUAAGUCUAUUUUUAUGUAUUUGAUCUUUAGUGAUAAUGAUAUUGUAAGACUUUACUGUCAUUUUUCUUCCCUAAUUCUCUUACAUAACCUGUAAGUAGGUCCUGGUACUUUACAUGUUGUAAAAACAUGGUGGCUUUAUCUCUUCUGUGAAGUUUUGGUCCUCGUAAUUGUACUGUGUCUGAUGUUUAAAGGUGACAUUGCUUUUUAAAUGUCUUGCAAUGUUGUGUUCCAACUUUUGACCAAUAGUGGCUUCCAUGCCAUGUGUUCUGUUAUGAUGCUGGUAAGGUAUGUACCACACACUGUUAAAUAAAACCACAUUCCAAUGAAGGCGUCA